UUGAAUGGAUCAUGUGAGACAAUCCACGAUCAAAUUCACAACUGGUAUUUGGCUAGGUAACCAUUCUUAAUAGUAACUCAGUCUAUGCAAAACGUUCUCCAAAAAAUAUCCAUUUUCCCAACACAAUGAAGAUUUUACUUUUCAUCUUGCUCCAGCUGACGGGCACUUUUUCAACGCAACAAAUGUGCUUGGAAAACGACAUCACAUCACGUUUAAACAAAUGGGUUCCUAGCAUUUUUGAAAUAAAUGGCGAAAGUGCGGGCGAUAUAAUCUCAACAGUGGAACACCACAAUUUGAAAGAAUUUGAGUGCAAUAUCAGUAACAAAACGAAUUCAUCCCUAACCAAAUUCUUCUUUCGGGACGUUCAUUUGUGCAUAAUGUCUGAAGAUAGGAAAGCUUCGCAAAUUAUUUGGAAAUUCCAAGAAAAUAAAAUUAUUGCAUUUUUCGAACAACUUUACCUGAAAAUAGAUGGAAAAAUGGUCGUGGUCAACGGUGACGAAAAACUCUCAAAAAUCAUUACCUACCCCAAGUUAAAUAAUUUCACAUUAACUGCUACCACUUCGUGCUCAGAUACCGAUACAAAAAUCAACUGUAAUACCACACAGAACAGCAUCAACAACUGGAGCAACAACAUAUGGUACAGUGGGAAUCUAACAUCCGAAGAUGAACACCAUUUCGGGCAAGAAAUCAUAGAAACUCUGCCAGCGAUUUUGCAAUCAAAUCUGAACAAUAAUGAAGAACUCGUUCGUAAACUCGAUGAAGUUUUCCAAGCAUACAAUAAGCCCAGAAAAGAAUUGAUCUCAACGUAUCCUGAUUUUUUGAGCAAUCCGCAUCAGUAUUAUUACCUCAUACCUCGAAUACCCUUUUUGUGUUUCACUCUGAAACGUAUCGUUAUCAGUGGUCUUUCGAAUUUCGAAUCGUAUAAAGUUGUUCACGGGGUAUCUGAAAUUUUUACGCAUACUUUGCUUAUAAAAGAUGUUCAAGGAACGGUGACUUUGGAUUACGGAUCUGAAAGGGAAACAGAUUUGGAAUUGGAUUUUCGAAUAGAUUACUUUAUAAUAUCAAAAAGGGAAGAAACUGAUUGCAUUCAUGGGCAAGCAAAAUAUUACACGGUGAAUAAAACAAAGGCAAAUGUCUCGUUGAGUGAUCGUCAGUCGGAGGUGAUCAUGAAUAGACUGGAAUCAGCUUUGGCUUCUGCAUUAUUGUCAUCGAAUAAAGCACAAAGGAUGUGCAAUCUAGAAAUGCCACCGGAAGAUAUCAAAAUUUCAAACGUCUCCGAUUGGAAAACAAUAAAGGAAUCUUAUAAGGAAUGGGUCCCAUUUCAAUGAUGAUAGAAAAAAAAAAUCAAAAAUGACUUUGCCGCGUUCAGCAGUUACCUGGAUAAGUGAUGGCAAUCCAGGUCCCAAAACAUGGACGCGAGAAUAGAUACCUAGUCUAA